AUGUACCUGAGUAAGGGAGACCUUACCUCGAAUAUAUAUUUAUAUAUUUCUUCUUGCUGGUACUUUUCACGGGUUCUGUUCUUGUCUCAAGUUGUUCCUGCCUCAGGUUGUUCCUGCCUCAGGUUGUUGCAGUCUCAGGUUGUUCCUGCCUCAGGUUGUUGCAGUCUCAGGUUGUUCCUGCCUCAGGUUGUUGCAGUCUCAGGUUGUUCCUGCCUCAGGUUGUUGCAGUCUCAGGUUGUUCCUGCCUCAGGUUGUUCCUGCCUCAGGUUGUUCCUGCCUCAGGUUGUUGCAGUCUCAGGUUGUUCCUGCCUCAGGUUGUUGCAGUCUCAGGUUGUUGCAGUCUCAGGUUGUUCCUGCCUCAGGUUGUUGCAGUCUCAGGUUGUUCCUGCCUCAGGUUGUUGCAGUCUCAGGUUGUUGCAGUCUCAGGUUGUUCCUGCCUCAGGUUGUUGCAGUCUCAGGUUGUUCCUGCCUCAGGUUGUUGCAGUCUCAGGUUGUUCCUGCCUCAGGUUGUUGCAGUCUCAGGUUGUUCCUGACUCAGGUUGUUCCUGCCUCAGGUUGUUGCAGUCUCAGGUUGUUGCAGUCUCAGGUUGUUGCAGUCUCAGGUUGUUGCAGUCUCAGGUUGUUGCAGUCUCAGGUUGUUCCUGCCUCAGGUUGUUGCAGUCUCAGGUUGUUGCAGUCUCAGGUUGUUGCAGUCUCAGGUUGUUCCUGCCUCAGGUUGUUGCAGUCUCAGGUUGUUCCUGCCUCAGGUUGUUGCAGUCUCAGGUUGUUGCAGUCUCAGGUUGUUGCAGUCUCAGGUUGUUGCAGUCUCAGGUUGUUGCAGUCUCAGGUUGUUGCAGUCUCAGGUUGUUGCAGUCUCAGGUUGUUCCUGCCUCAGGUUGUUGCAGUCUCAGGUUGUUCCUGCCUCAGGUUGUUGCAGUCUCAGGUUGUUCCUGCCUCAGGUUGUUGCAGUCUCAGGUUGUUGCAGUCUCAGGUUGUUCCUGCCUCAGGUUGUUCCUGCCUCAGGUUGUUGCAGUCUCAGGUUGUUGCAGUCUCAGGUUGUUGCAGUCUCAGGUUGUUCCUGCCUCAGGUUGUUGCAGUCUCAGGUUGUUCCUGCCUCAGGUUGUUGCAGUCUCAGGUUGUUCCUGCCUCAGGUUGUUGCAGUCUCAGGUUGUUGCAGUCUCAGGUUGUUGCAGUCUCAGGUUGUUGCAGUCUCAGGUUGUUCCUGCCUCAGGUUGUUGCAGUCUCAGGUUGUUCCUGCCUCAGGUUGUUGCAGUCUCAGGUUGUUCCUGCCUCAGGUUGUUGCAGUCUCAGGUUGUUCCUGCCUCAGGUUGUUGCAGUCUCAGGUUGUUCCUGCCUCAGGUUGUUCCUGCCUCAGGUUGUUGCAGUCUCAGGUUGUUCCUGCCUCAGGUUGUUGCAGUCUCAGGUUGUUCCUGCCUCAGGUUGUUGCAGUCUCAGGUUGUUCCUGCCUCAGGUUGUUCCUGCCUCAGGUUGUUCCUGCCUCAGGUUGUUCCUGCCUCAGGUUGUUGCAGUCUCAGGUUGUUCCUGCCUCAGGUUGUUGCAGUCUCAGGUUGUUCCUGCCUCAGGUUGUUGCAGUCUCAGGUUGUUCCUGCCUCAGGUUGUUCCUGCCUCAGGUUGUUCCUGCCUCAGGUUGUUGCAGUCUCAGGUUGUUCCUGCCUCAGGUUGUUGCAGUCUCAGGUUGUUCCUGCCUCAGCUCCUGUUCCUGUCUCGGGUUGUUCUUGGAUCAGUUUCUGUGUCCGUCUCAGUACCUGA